GGUGUUGAACAUGGAUUUCUAUAUCAAUUCAUCACAAAUGCCGCUCUUUGGGUGGAUACAUUUUUCCUUUUAUCCGGUUUUGUUAUGGCUCAUUCAUUUUUAAAUCAAUAUGGUAGAAUAUCUAACAGCAGCAACAGCAAUAAUGAUUCGAACAACAACAACAACAACAGCAGCAACGAUCCAAAUCGUCAAAAUAAUAAACGUAAUCCAUCCAUAAUAGAGCACCUAAAACAACAUCCAAGACGGAUAUUUCAUCGUUAUAUCCGGCUUACUCCAUCCGUAGCCGGUGUUGUUGGCCUUUCCAUUCUGAUUGAAAUAUUAGGUUCCGGUCCAUUAUGGCGUAAUUAUGUGAAUUUAUCACAACAAUCUUGUCAUAAAAAUUGGUGGAAUGUUUUACUUUAUAUAAAUAAUUUCUGUAAUCUUAAUUCACCUACAAAUCCACAAAGUGAAUGUUUAUCCUAUCUUUGGUAUCUGGCUGUCGAUAUGCAAUUCUUUAUUAUUUCACCAUUACUAAUCAUAUUCCUGGCAUAUGAAUCUUAUCGUAUGCGAACAAUCGGAAUUAUAAUCAAUAUUGCAUUCAUAUUAAGUAGUUCAAGUUUAACGGCAUUCUUAAUGGCAUGGAAACAUUUAACACCCACCGUUUUAGUCACCGUUUACGAUCUAGAUUAUAUAAACAUGGUCUAUAAAGCAUCAUAUUGUCGAAUUGGACCAUAUUGUAUCGGUAUUCUAAUGGCCUACAUUUAUCACAGGAGACAUUUUUAUCAUCAACAAGAAUAUCUUAUUAACAACAAUGAUAUGGAUGAUGAUGAUGAUGAUGAUCAAAAUAAUCAAAUAAAAAAUAAUCGUUCUACUGCUACUGGAUCAAUGUUAUUGGUUAUAUCCAUUAUAUUGAUGUUUGCUACAACAAUGCUUACAUAUCCAUGGUUACAAGGUGCUGAUUAUAUAAAUGCAUUAUCAAUUCUAUAUGGUGCCAUACAUCGUUGCAUAUGGGCAAUCGCUUGGGCAUUAUUUAUAUGGGCAAUGGCACGUCAACAUUUACCAUUAGUGGAUCGAUUAUUUUCCUUACCAAUGUUUCAAGUAUUUAGUAGACUAACAUAUCAAUCAUAUUUAUUACAUUCUGUACUAAUCAGUGCAAUCAUCACUUCUGUACGACAAAAGAUUUAUUUUUCAGAAUUGAAUCUUGUAUUAAAUGUGAUAUGUUAUUACUUUUUUACACAAUUAAUAUCGAUUAUUAUGUUCGUAAUGUUUGAAAGACCAUUCAUCAAUAUUGAAUCGACAUUUUUCCGUAAUAAUCAUCAUUCUUCAUCUAAACAUCGUAAUAAUAUUUCUACAAACAGUAAAGGAAUGAAUCCAACAAUGAAUCGGUGAAACAAAAAUCUCAAUCUUGUCAAAUAUAAAUCUGUAAAUAGUCAAUCAAUUCAUCAUCAUUAUAUUUGUUGUUUCGUUUUUUCCGAAAAAAGAUUUAGUUAUUGUUAUUGUAA